UAUUAACUUGUUGGACUUAUAAGGACGUAAUGUUGUUGUCCUUGCGUCUUCCUGUGUUUUAGGGUUGGAAAACAAUAAAAGGCACUCCUUGUAAGCAGCAACACUGGCACAUUUUUGAUAUGUAAAAGCAUUAUUUCAAAUGGCAGCUGAUCACAUCAGGAUCACAGCAUCAGGAAAAACUGGCAACAACUGAACAGCUCAACUGAUUUACAUGAACUACUUCUCUAAUAAUGUUAUUUAAUUCAACCUGUGAGGCUUUUAACAAUUCAGUGUCCUUCUUCUACAACAAGAUUGGCAAGCCCAUCAGCUCGAGCUGGCGCCCUCAUGACUUUAUCGUGGUUGGUCUCGGGCUCCCAAUUUGUGUCUUUAUUAUUCUGGCAAAUAUAUUGGUCAUAGUGGCCAUAAUCAUCAACCGACAGUUCCACUAUCCCAUUUAUUACUUACUUGGGAACAUGGCGGCCGCGGACCUCUUCGCCGGCAUCUCGUAUCUCUACCUUGUGUUCCACACGGGGCCGUGGACCAUCGGUUUGACCAUCAAAGAGUGGUUUAUUCGUGGAGCUUUGAUCAACAUGAGCCUGACCGCGUCUGUAGUCAACCUGCUGGCGGUGGCAGUGGAACGCCAUCAGACCAUCUUCACCAUGCAGCUCCACAGCACCAUGACCAGGCGGCGUGUGGUGAUGCUGAUACUCACCAUCUGGUUGGUGGCCGUCUUCAUGGGUUUGGUGCCCAUCAUGGGCUGGAACUGUGUUUGUGACCUGUCUACCUGCUGCACGGUAGCGCCACUGUAUUCCCGCAGCUUCCUAGUGUUCUGGGCCAUCCUCAACCUCAUGGCCUUCUUCAUCAUGGUGGCCGUCUACACGCACAUCUUCAUCUACGUUCGCCGCCGGAGCCGAGAAAUGUCCCCGCACACAGAUCAGCCCUCCAACAAUCAGACUGUUAUCAGCCUCAUGAAGACCAUGUCCAUGAUUCUGGGUGCCUUUGUGAUCUGUUGGACGCCGGGUUUGGUGAUUCUGUUACUGGACGGUCUCAGUUGUGGUGAAUGUCAGGUUCUUAAAUAUGAAAAGUACUGCCUGGUUCUGGCCGAGUGUAACUCUCUGGUGAACCCCAUCAUCUACUCGUUUCGGGACAAGGACAUGAGGACCACCUACAAGCGCAUUCUCUGCUUCCCUUGGAGAAGAAUGCGCCAGCAUGAGGGGCCUUCUGGCAUCCGCUUUGAGCCUGUGAAAACAGAGGCACCCUCAGAGAAAAACAGCAAUAACUCCACCAGUUUAGAGCCCGUUUCGCCACAAAGCCUAUUGUCUUUUUAGAAAAAGUAUUUCUCAGUGUAAAUCAGUGACUUUGUAUUUGCUUAGUGAAAUGAUCACAGCUUGUACAAAGAGUAAAUAAUACUUCAUUUUUGAUAGCUUGUUUUGGUACAUAUUUUUCUCUUUUUGACAAUAGAUGUAUUAGGGGUCUUUUGUGUCGUUGAGUUACGAGGCACAGGCAGUUUGGCUGCUCACAGGAAGUUUUUCUUUUCCCAAAGCAAAAGCAUUAAUAUUCAUAAAACGGCCCUUUUUGGACCAUUUUGUUUUGUUGGGAAUGAGAUCAGAAACCGAAAUAUACCAGAUCUAAAACCGACAACUUUUGUGCUCUAUUUUGGUGCUAUUUAUUUUUUUUACUAACAAAUCAGACUUGCCGAUUUUCAUUUUAAAGUGGCCAUAUUGUGCUCAUUCACAAGUACAAGUUUUAUUUUUAGGUAGUUUUAUUUUAGGGGUCUACUUGAAUACAUGUACAUGACAUUUUUUUCCAUACUGUACAUUGCUGCAGCAACUCGUUUCACCCUCUUUUCCUAUGUAUUUAAAGCCCACUUUUUUUGCUUUUUUUUCUGCUUUGAUUGGUCAACUGCCUAAAGCAUGUCGGAAAUGUAAUGCCCCUUGCCAUAAUCAGAUUUCAGCUCCUGAGGCUUCAUGAGCAGCUGUAAACGGCAUUAUAUGUAUGGUAACUAUGCCGUGGUUGUUAGAAGUCCAUGCAAUGUUUUUUGCCCUUGUGGUGAAAAAA